CACUAACCUUAUAUUUUAGGUGCCUUCCUUAAAGUAUGCUCACCGCCUGCCCGCCUAGGCUUUUGCGCCUAAAAUUGACGUGGUGAAUGGGAAUUUUUAACGCUAAAAGAAGUAAGUGGGGGAGACGGGCAGGUGGGAUGCCAGUGCGGGCAGGAAAGAACACAACGAAUGUCAUCGUUUAACGACUGAAUUCAGUGCCGAACCCAAAAAAAAGUUCAACCCAAUUCACUAUCAAAUACCAAAAUCGUCGACCAUCAACUCUUUUCUCACACGACCACCAACGCGAUCAAUACCCUUUAAUAUUCAACAACAUCAAUUACUAAAUCAAAGCUUGAUAAAAUAAUACCUCUCUUCAUUCACCCACCAUCAUAAAAUAUUUUUUUUUCUUUCGGCCUUCCUUGCUGAUUUCCCCCCCAUCGUCACCGACCUCCUUUGUCCCGCCCGAUCAUGGUAAAGCAGCAUGCUGCAUGAAUCCACAUUUACUGUAGCAUUUCCAAACAUCGUUGACACUUGAUAUUAUCUGGGCAGAAGUUGAAGGGUUCGGAUCCAGCAUCUUGUCAAGAUGGAAUCUCAGAUCGAGAACGCCAUUGAGAUUGCAUGGAAUCCUACCUCCGACCAAGCCCUUAAAACCCAAGCCUUUGAAUACCUAAACCAGUUACGUUCCGACCCUCAAGCAUGGCAAGUCUGUGUUGGUCUGUUCACUCGAACACCCAGUCCCUCCGAAGUCGUCCGACUCGUCAGCCUUGAGAUAGUCAACAACGCUAUCCACAUACAAGCUCUCGACCACCAGAGCCUAAUUACCCUUCGAGAUGCCCUCCUCGACUACGUGCGAUCGACCUACAGCACUAACCGGCAGGCUCAGGCAGACUCAUCCGGUUUACAGAACAAACUCACACAAACCCUCACGUUACUCUUUGUAUCGCUCUAUAAACAAGGAUGGGAGAGCUUUGUCGACGAUAUUCUGGCCCUAACGAGUCUUCCUAGGAGUAGCCAACGCGAUAACGUCGCCGGCGUCAUCCUAUAUCUGCGCCUUCUUGGAUCUAUUCACGAUGAGAUUGCUGAUGUCCUAGUUGUUCGUCAGGAUGUUCAAGUUCGUAGCCACACUGAACUCAAGGACCUCCUGCGAGCGCGCGACGUGGGAAAAGUUGCCCAAUCCUGGCAAGAGCUCCUUGCCCAAUACGGAAAUCAAAACGAUGGCAUAAUUGAGAUGACUCUCAAGGUUAUCGGUAAAUGGGUCAGCUGGAUUGAUAUAUCUCUCAUCAUCAACGAUGGCAUGCUGAACUUGAUCCUUCCUUUUGUUGGACGUUCCAACGAGUCUGGCGGUGAAGACAAGGUUCGCGAUGCCGCUAUCGAGGCUUUUACCGAGAUUGUUGGUAAAAAAAUGCGUCCAGCUGACAAGGCCGAGAUGAUAUCGUUCCUCAACCUACGGGAUAUCAUAUCGCAGCUUAUUGCCAGCCCUCCCUUGAACGAGUUCAAAGGUACACCUCGAUAUGACACCGAUUUGGCCGAAGCAGUUGCCAAACUUGUCAACACCGUCGUGGCCGACAUCGUUCGCAUUUUGGAAGAUCGAUCCACUGACGACGCCACUAGAGCAAAAUCAAACCAGUUGCUCCACGACUUUAUACCCCUGUUGCUGCGAUUCUUCUCCGAUGAAUAUGACGAAAUAUGUUCCACCGUAAUUCCUUCCCUGACGGAUGUCUUAGCCUAUUUCCGUAAACUGUCCGAAUUGCCGGCCUCUUUCUCCGAAACAUUACCGCCGAUUUUGAAUGCCAUUAUCAUGAAGAUGCGCUUUGACGAGACGUCUUCUUGGGGUAAUGAGGAUGAACAAACAGACGAGGCCGAGUUCCAAGAACUGAGGAAGAAACUUCAGGUACUCCAGAAAGCCGUGGCAGUUGUGGAUCAAGGCCUCUACAUAGAGGUCCUGACCAAUUUGGUUGCAAACACUUUCCAAUCUCUAGAUGAGCAAGGGUCACAAAUGGAUUGGAGAGACGUCGACUUGGCUCUUCAUGAGAUGUUUCUGUUUGGCGAGCUUGCGAUGCCCAAUCAAGGGCUGGGUACCAAGAAUCAGCCUUCUCAAAUUGCAUCCGAGAGACUCGCGGCGAUGAUGACCAAAAUGGUACAGUCAGGAAUUGCAAACUUCCCUCAUCCAGCAAUCUUAUUGCACUACAUGGAGAUCUGUGUUCGAUACUGUGCCUUUUUCGAGAGCCAAUCAUCGUUGAUUGGUCAGGUCCUUGAGAAUUUCGUGCGCCUUGUGCACCAUGAUCACGUCAGGAUCCGCACGCGGUCGUGGUACCUCUUCCAUCGUUUUGUGAAGCAUCUGAGAGCACAGGUCGGGAACGUUGCCGAGACGGUUAUCCAAUCCAUUGGGGAUCUUCUCCCUAUCCAGGCGGAAGUGCCAGGGGAAGACGCCGAUGACGAUAUGUCCUCGGACCAAACUGACAAUUCAGCAGACGCCGUUUUUAACAGUCAGUUGUACCUAUUUGAAGCGAUCGGCUGCAUUUCAUCCACUGCCGCAACUCCCGUCGAGAAGCAAGCAUUAUACGCUCGCUCAGUAAUGGACCCUCUGUUCACAGAUAUGGAACAACAUCUCCCAAGAGCCAGAGCCGGUGACGCCCAGGCCAUACUACAGAUACAUCAUAUCAUCAUGGCUCUUGGUACGUUGGCACACGGGUUUUCAGACUGGACCCCUGGAGCGAAUUCUUCCAACCAACGGCCACCCCCUGCUAAGGAGCUGUCUGAUGAGUUUGCCCGCGCCGCUGAGGCUAUCUUGAUUGCACUUAGCGAGUUGAAUACUUCCUCGGAAAUUCGUACAGCUUGCCGAUCUGCAUUUUCACGCUUGCUUGGUGUGCUAGGAUUGGCCGUGCUUCCGCAGCUACCUCAAUGGAUCGACGGACUUCUAUCCAGAAGCUCAUCAAAGGACGAAAUGGCCAUGUUCCUUCGCCUCUUAGACCAAGUAGUCUAUGGAUUUAAGACGGAAAUCUACGAGGUGCUGAACCAGUUGUUGACUCCUUUGUUGCAGAGAGUCUUCGGUGGACUUUCGGAGCCAAUCAACGGUACGGACGAUCAAAUUCAGCUUGCCGAACUCCGCCGCGAGUACCUAACGUUCAUCGGGGUUAUUCUAAAUAACGAACUCUCCGGUGUACUCGUAUCAGAGGCAAAUCAAGGAUUUUUCGAGUCGUUGAUCAACUCUAUCCUCAGCCUAGCAAGAGACGUUGGCACUAGCUCGGGGAAUAUCCCAGCAAGCAGGCUGUCAUUUGGACUACUUGCCAAGAUGGCAGGUGUCUGGGGUGGUCCAGACGUAGCUAACAUCUCAGCAAACCCAACAGCUCCCACUGGGUCUUCGUCUCCCGUCAUCCCUGGAUUCGAUCAAUUCCUCAUCGACAGAUUUCACUCUGUAUGUUGGGAGGUUCUACGUGACCCGCAAUUCAACCCAGCAGAUGCACAGGCUAAACAAGUUCUCCACGAGAUUGCCGGGUUAGAGCAGGCUAUAUACCUGAAGACAGGAGAAGCAUUUUUGCGCCACCUGCAAUCAACACUUUUCCCUGGACUUGGCAUCGAUGGUACCGAUUUCCUACGGGCUAUGACUACGGCCACAGAUAAAAAAGUAUUCUCGAAGUACUUACAAGAUCUCUUGAAAAACUUGAGAUAACCUAGCCGGAAAGUGGUCAAGUGGCGGUGAUACUUUGAUAUAAUUGCAUAAACGGGAGUUUGGCUCACUAUACCAACGGCAAUUUUAUUGACUAUAGAUGAAACGUAUGGGUUAGUGCUAGCAAUGGCGAGACGUCGUUGGUAAAUAAAUGAAAAAGAGAAGCAAAUUUCAACUUAAUGAGCUCUUGAUUUGCACACUAGUGACUAUUGCUUGUUCCAGAUACCAAUUUGGGGCAUUGAAUUUACUACUAGCACAUUACUCCCACUCUCAGGAUUCAAG